AUGGCCGCCGCUGCGAAGAAGCUUGACGUAUUUUCGACAACAAGCGAAUAUUCCAAGACCUAUGUGUUUCAUGAUGAAGAUCACACACUUGGUAAUGCGCUGCGCUAUGUUCUGAUGCGAAACCCUGACGUCGACUUCUGUGGCUACACAAUUCCACACCCAUCAGAGCCUAAGAUGCACAUUCGACUGCAAACUCGUCAAGGUGCGCCAGCCGACGAAGUGCUACGCUCGGGUCUUACAGACCUGCGAAAGAUAUCGAUGCAGAUAGGAGAUGCUUAUCGAAAGGAGCUUAAGUCAUUUAAGCGCAAAAAUACCAAGUCUUAG